AUGUCGACCAACCUCACUAGCAGACAGGCGUUCUCUCCUUCUUGUCCAGCUGGAGAAACGUUCUGGGGAUGUUGUAAAACGAACGCAUGCGCGCAGUCUGGCUGUCCGGACGGUGAUCUUGAGCCCGCCAUCCUCAAUCGCCAGGACCAGCUCAGCGCCUAUCAUGCCACUGGCGGAUCCACCACGAUAUCCAGCGCUACGGCUACAUCAUCGCCAUCUUCAUCUACCAGCGAUGCAUCUGUCAAUGUGGCAAAUGCAUCUUCAUCUACUACUACACCUGGAACAACCACGACGUCCACAUCGGCCACUGCCUCCGCUCAAGCCGGAGAGAAAACACCGGUCGCUGCUAUUGCAGGUGGCGCAGCGGGUGGCGCUUUUGCACUUGCUGUGGUCGUUGGAUUCGUGGUAUGGUGUCUUUGUUUCAGAAGGAAGAAAGGAAAGAACGAUGGGAGUGGAGAGGGAAUGGAGCAAAGACAAGACAUCCUACCUAUCGGUGGGAUGACGGAAGACCAACAAUCGCAACGACACCAUAUACACAUACGAACGAAACCAACUGACCCCCCGCCAACCUACACAUCUCCCAACCCAGGCUUCGACAACACCUUCUACGGCCAUCCAUCCCCUCUCAAUCAGCACUCGCAAUCCCCCUACGAUCCUCAAGAUCCGCGUUACAUAGCCUACGCCCAUAACGACCCGAAUUACGCCUCCGAUAACCACGCAUACCAUAGUCACGCACACGAAUGGCACACUCCACCCCAAGAACUCCCCAACUCCACCCCUUCAAAUCCUACGCCAGCACAAUUUCGUGCCCAUAAAUCCAUGUACGGACAUUCGAGGGGCCCGUCUGAACUUUCGGGCGAUGGACUAAGGAGCGAGUUGGAUAGUGGAGAAGUAGAGCCGGAAUCGCCUGUAUUAGGUGGUAUGUGGAAGGGUGACCAGGGAUCUAGAGAUAGACAUGUCACAGGCUCAGAUACUCCACCGCAAGUGUGGAUGGCGCCUCAGGAUUGGGCGUCUCGGGGUACCAAAUCUACGGCCUCUAAUCAGCAAGGACCUGAAGAACGGAGAGAGGAACGCGAGCCAGGGGGUAGAAUGAGACCGUAUGGUUUGGGUGUAUUGGAUGAUGCGCCACAAGAGAGAUAUAGAACGGAUGGAAAUGGAACGGAGAGAAGUGAUGUAGGAAGGAGGAUGAGGGGGUGA